AUGGUGAAUAUUUUUUUUUCGUCACCAUCAAGUCCAUAUCCAUCAAUGGUGUUUACUGAUAAUACAAUCACUGUGUUUACAGAUUUUCUUUCAAUUGUUUCAACAACAUCACCUAAUGAUGGAUUAGCACUUGUACUAGCAAUUCACUCAGCUGUUACUAAUGAUACUCAAUCUUCAUCACAAGCUAGUUCUAAUUUAUUAUCUGCUCCACUUGAAGAUGUUUAUCCAUUACAUAAUAAUUUAAAAAUCAAUACAACUAUUACAUCUACAGAGUAA